AUGGCCGACACCGAAACCGAAACCGCAACCGCAACCGCAACCGCAGAUGCGCCCGUGACUGAGCCGGUGCAGUCCAUCGAAGUCGAGCCUGCUGUCAAGGAAGAAGAUGCAGCUGACGAUAAAUCCGACAACGAAGGCGACGGUGCUGAAGAAGCUGAAGACGCCGCUGGAGAAGGACAGGAGGAACCUCCCGUCUCUCUUGAACAGUACAGGGCUUUGAAAAACAUCACCGAUAUCUUGACAAACUACAAAAUCACCGUCAAAGAUGAGGACUACUACCCUUCCCAGCUCUUCAGGCGAAAGCCCAACAGAAGGGUCCUACCAGACUACCACGAAAUCAUCAAGGACCCCGUGGCUAUCAGUACUCUUAAGCAGAAGAUACAGAGAAAGCAAUAUACAGGAAUCCCUGAAUUCGUCCACGAUUUUGCCUUGAUUGUCCACAACGCGCAGGUAUACAACAGACCGAACUCGGCUCCCGUGCGCGACGUCCUGCUUUUGCAGACAGUCUUCAAGGACGAACUCAAGAAGCUGGUGGAUGAAGGCUUGAUCCAAGAGGAGGAAACAGUCUUUCCAGAUCUCGGAGAGAUCCCCGAUGCAACCCCUGAGCCGACUCCGGUGUCCGACGAAGACGAAGACAAUGAGGACGAAGAAGACGACGACGACGAUGAUGGGGCCGAUGACGAUUCUGAAGAUGAUCGCAGGAAGAGAAGACCGAAAAGCGGCCGCCGGAGCAUUUCAGGACGAAAGGGUCGCGACGAGGACGACGCAGAUCUUCGAAAGCGACGAGGACGACCCCCUAAGGUGGACACGCCAAUGGAGGCUCGGAUCAAAGCCAUCCUUAAGGGCCUCCGCAAGCCGAAAGACAGUGCUGGGAACCUGAAAGUCCGUCAUUUCGAACGAUUGCCCGACAAGAUGGAGUAUCCCGCCUAUUUUAUUGAGAUUAAAGACCCGAUCGCCCUCGACACUAUCAAGAAAAAGGCUAAAAGAAAGAAAUACCAAUCACUUGAGCAUUUCAUGAAGGAUCUUGAUCUUCUCUUUAACAAUGCCAAGCAGUUUAACGAGGAUGGCAGUGAAAUCUACCAGGAUGCGGUAGACCUCCACGCAGAAGCACAGAAACUGGCCGAAAUUGAAAAGGCGAAACCUGACGAUGAAUACCUCAUGGAAGACGGUAGAAGGCCCUUGCCGGCUGGCAUCCUUCACAAAAGUGAGCUCUGGAAAGUCGGCGACUGGGUCCAUAUCCAAAACCAAAAUGAUGUGACGAAGCCGAUUGUUGCCCAGAUUUACCGGACCUGGGAGGAUUCCGAAGGUCAGAAGUGGAUAAAUGCGUGCUGGUACUACAGGCCAGAACAAACAGUACAUCAGUAUGAGAAGCAUUUCUGGCCGAACGAGGUUGUCAAGACAGGCCAGUACCGAGACCACCGGAUCGAGGAGGUGAUCGAUCGUUGUUUUGUCAUGUUCUUCACCAGGUACACUCGUGGCAGACCUCGAAACGUUGAUCCCACGAAGGAGGUCUAUGUUUGUGAAGCUCGAUACAAUGAGGAGAAGCACAGAUUCAACAAGAUCAAGACAUGGGCCAGUUGCUUACCCGAUGAGGUGCGAGACAAGGACUAUGAGAUGGACCUGUUUGAUGUGCCGCGAAAGAUCAAGAAAGUGCCCAGCCCACUCAAACACCUCUUGAAGGAGAACAUGAAGGAGACGGAUGAGAUUCCUUCUCCUCAAUGGGGUCAUCCCAACGCACCGCCAAUCGUGGGUGGAAUCCACAAACAUGCCCGCGAUGAGAAUCAAUCACCGCCACCGGAACCCACACCUCCUCCUCCUCCGACGCCUCCACCAGUAGUCGCGAGACAACCCUCGUUGAGCACUGUUGCCAACAUGGCUCCGCGUCCCAUAGCUAAUGGCACAGGAAACCACGGUCCAGCGAGUCUCCAAUCUCAACUGACACGCCCAUCACCCUCUUUGACUCCCAGUUCAUUCCAACACCAGUCCAUCUCACCUGCACCUCAAUAUGGCCGACAGGCCUCUUACCAACAAUCACAACCGCAUCUUCAUGCAACCAUUGCUCCCCAAUCCCCAGCUUCCCAGCAAUCUCAUCAUCCCUAUAACCCGCACCCACAACUCCACCCACAGCCGACAUUGACUCCCGCUCACCCCACGAACUUCUCGCCUUCUACCACUCCUUCCCAAGGAAUAUACGGUCGCCCACCUCAAGUACAACCAGCCGCCACCGCCACCACUCCUGCUCAAUCAUACGUACCUUUUGCCUCGACAGCUGCCACCACCUACCCCGAUCAACGCGUCGCCGAAGUCUUUGUGCUCUCGGACACAGCCAAUGAAUCCAUCCCCAAACACAUUCGCGACCAGUUCCCACAAGACGAUCAAGGACGUGUGCUAUUCUUCACGAGGCCGCCUGUCCUGCAUGACAUGACCGUCAGAGGGAGAGACGGGCAACCGUUGAGGCAUACGGAGAAAUACCUGAUGGCGAGGAAAGAGAAGGAACGGUUGAGGGAGGAGAGGAAACGGGCAAGAGCAGAAGGCGAAAAGACAGAGAAAGACGCGAUGAAGCGAGUGAGAAUUUCUGUUUGA